UGUCCGACACCUGUAAUGUUUGUGUUUCUUGAAAUUCGAUGUUUUUCUUGAAAUUCUAUUGCUGCAAGUGACCAAAUUAUCUCAUUUUAAAUUGUUCGAUAUAUCUAGCUUAAUUUACUAACGCUACCUUCACCUUUUAUCGAGUGGUAUGUGCUGUAGAGAAACGAAACAAUUAUUUAUAAACUCGCAAAUAACGUUUCGAGUACAAACAGAGGAGUCUGUUUUUGUUUGUUUUUGUUUUUUGUCAUUUAGUACGUCGAGACACAAAUGGCUGCACACACUACACAUCUUUGUUUUGGUUCUCAACCACAGGCCGCCGUUGUUGUUGUCGGGAGUGCCACACAAAUAUACAGUGUGUAGUGAACGCACCACUGCAAGUAAAGAGGAUGCCCCUGAUCAAAUUGAAUGGACCGUCCAUCUUCUCAGUCACUGUUGGACAACACUGCAGACAGCUUUACGUCCAGUUGUCCUUCAAAUGUGGAGGUGACCCCAUGGAAAAGUCAUCUUCAGACAGUGCCGCCCCAGAGGAGAGAAAAGAGCUAGUGGCGGAUGGUGGCGUGCUGAGGGAGGCAGAGGUGGGUGCUCAAGCCCAGAGGAGGAGCAGCUCUUGCCGGUCCUCACGCAAAAGCUUCCGACUGGACUACCGCAUGGAGGAAGAGGUGACAAAGUCCUGUCGAGACAAAAAUGGCCGCUUCACCAACCCCUGGCCCACAUGGCGCUUCCCGUCCUACUCCACCCUGCUCCGGUUCUUGUUAUUCGACAAAAACCACAGCAACAUCCCCGCUAGUAAAGAGGUCCUUGACAACAAGCUACCAGUGAUAGAGCCGUACUUUGUACAGAACCCGGACCUUUCUCUCUCCGGUCCCGGUCUGAGGGUCACCUGGUUGGGUCAUUCGUCAGUUCUGGUGGAAAUGGACGGGUUGAAUGUUCUGACAGAUCCUAUUUUCAGCCAGAGGGCGUCACCGUUUCAGUUUGUGGGUCCUAAAAGAUACAGAGGCCCACCUUGUAGCGUAGAACAGUUGCCCCGGAUCGACGCUGUGGUUAUCAGUCAUUCCCACUACGAUCAUCUCGAUGUUGGAACUGUGGCCAGCCUCAACACACGCUUCGGCGGGGAGCUACGCUGGUUCGUGCCCCUCGGUUUGAUGGACUGGCUGUCCAAGGCGGGCUGCGAAAACGUAAUAGAACUGGACUGGUGGGAGGAGAACUGCGUGCCGGCUCACGAUGACGUCACGUUUGUGUGCACACCAUCUCAACACUGGAGCAAACGCACCGCGAUGGACGACAACAAGUCCUUAUGGGCCAGCUGGGCUGUACUGGGUCCAGAUCACCGCUUCUUCUUUGCUGGCGAUACCGGCUACUGUUCGGCUUUCAAGGAGAUCAGUCGACGUUUUGGACCGUUCGACUUAGCGGCAAUCCCAAUUGGAGCGUAUCUUCCCAGGGAUGUGAUGAAAGGGCAGCAUGUAGACCCAGAGGAAGCGGUGCAGAUCCACAUGGACCUUCAGGCCAAGCACUCACUGGCUAUUCACUGGGGAACAUUUGCUCUGGCCUAUGAGUACUAUCUGGAGCCACCGCGUCGCCUCCAAGAAGCUCUGGAGGACAACGAGGUGAAACCGGAAUCCUUCUUCACGCUGCAGCAUGGAGAGUCUCGCCUGCUGACGUCGCGUGACGGGAACGUCCAAUGACUUAAGCUAGGUGUCAUAUUAAAAUAUAUUUAAAUAUAUUUAAAAUAUAGACCUUUUACGCUCAUCGCCGUUGUUGAAGCUGAGCUGGGCUCGGCUUCACAAAUCUUGGUAUAGUAGGACUGAAAUCUCUAACCAGAAUGUUAGCCUGCUGCGUCUUUCAAUAUAUUAGAUUUGAAUGUCAUUUGAUGUGUUGAGAAUAAACAGCUUUAAUUGUC